CUACAAACAACCAUGCUAUGAUUUACACAAUUGUUUCUGGAAUUAAUGAUUUUCCUGAAGCUACAAGCACUGCAAUGGUCAAUGGAGUUACAAUAGGUUAUCGUGACAGCAAAACCCAUCGAUGCAUCCCCAGGCAGCAGUUCAUAAAAGAAUAUGUUGACAUGAAAUUCUGGGAUUACAUCACAGACCUUGUGAUAGAGCAUACAGAAAUGGCAAACAAAACUCUGAAUGUGAUAACGAAGAGGACAAACCAGACAUCGGGAAUUCACACUUUUCAACGGAUAACUACUGUUGAGGUCAGUGAUGACGGCAGCAUUAAGAGAUCGAUGAGAUUUGGAUUUGAUGGAAAGGACUUUAUCAGUUUAGACCCAGACAGAAUGAGAUGGAUCGCAUCCAAUCCCAUUGCAGUGAUGACUAAAGAGAAAUGGGAUUCUGAUGAAUCCUGGAACAAUUAUUGGAAAGUACAUCUGGAAGAGGUACUUGUUCAACAUUUAAAGAGAUAUCUGGAAGCUGGAAAGCAGUAUUUUGGAAGGAAAGUUCAGCCUGAAGUGUUCAUCUCCAGGAGGGAGCCCAAUGGUCAGAACAAGCCGCUCACUCUCUCCUGCCUGGUCACUGGGUUUGAUCCUGUAGACAUCGAGGUGACCUGGCUAAGGAAUGGAGAGGUCAUGUCUGAGACCCAAUCCUCGGGGAUACGACCAAACCACAAUGGGACCCAUCAGAUCCAGAAAGAGAUUGAGAUCAAUGCUGGGGAUGAGGAUCAAUACUCCUGUCAAAUUGAACACAGCAGCCUGGCAGAGGCCCAGCUCUAUCAAUGGGGUAAGGGACUGGAGUGUGUCUGUGUGUCUGU